CCGGCAAGUUGCUGCCCAUUGGCACUGCACAUACACCUGCUCAAGAAGGUCGUAAGUUGUCGUGAGCUGCUGCGCUGCGAUGGCGAUCAGGAACAGGACGGUGGCAACGACGACGCGGUCGCUGGACGCGGACAUGACGGUGGACGAGUUCAAGGAGUGGCUGCGGCGGUUCGACGUGGACCACGACGGGCGCAUCAGCCGCGACGAGCUGCGGCGCGCGAUGCGCGCCAUCCGGGCGCGGUUCACCGGGUGGAGGAGCAAGCGCGGCAUCAGCUACGCCGACGCCGACGGGGACGGCUACAUCGACGACAACGAGGUGGACGGCCUCAUCGAGUUCGCGCAGACGAACCUCGGCCUCAAGAUCGUCGCCUACUAGCUCUAGCCGGGGGUGCUGCAUCCAUGCGCGAGACUACCUCCCCGCUAAAAUAAGCUCUUGAUCGAUCGCUUGUUACUUAAACUUGCUUUCUUUUACCUAGUUCAUUCACGCACUCUGUGCGUGUGCGUGUGUGUAUGUGUGAUCUAUGUAUGCUGUGUGUGGUGCACGUGCGCGCCUGCCUCGGAUGCCAUGGAUGUUAAUUUGUAUCUUUCUCUCAGUGAAAUUGACAGUGUGUGUUCUCGACCA